AUGACGACUGUGCAUCUAUUAGGCGGAUCGUCGAAAGCACGUUUGAUCGAGUAUCGCAAGAAGAAGAUUGCUGCGAUGGAAGCAGCGUUGGCAAAACAGCAAGAGCUUGCGAGUGCGGCCGAGAUUGGGGCUCCCGUCGACACGCUCCCUGCACCCACGAUGGAGUUCUGCACCGUGUGCCAACUCCAACCUCCGCUUCGAGCGUACCAUUGCGCGUUUUGCAACCGGUGCGUGGCGACAUUCGACCACCACUGCUUCUUCAUCGGGUCGUGCGUCGGCGAGAAGAAUCACUGCCGAUUCUGGUGGUUCCUCCUGCUCACAUCGCUCGAGGUGUACUCGUGUCUGGGCGUGGUGCACUCUGGGUUCCACUCGGCCACGAGCCUCCAGGGGUGGCUACAGCUCAACAGCAUCGCUCUGGUCGCCGUCCUCUUUUUCUACACGUUUGCCGCCACGGCGUACUCGCUGUGUGGAUUUCACACCUUCUUGAUGCUCACGAAUUCAACGACGCGCGAGCUAGGAAAAGGACCCGACAACCUCGCGUACUUGCGCGGCACUCGUGAAUGCGAUCUGCCUUUUAGCAACGGACUCGUACGCAACUUGGGCGGGUUUUGCUGCCUUCGCGCAGGAUGCCCCACUAUCCUUCGCCGGCAACCGUGGAGUCCUGCUGCGUGGAAACCUGUCGGAAAAAUCGAGCGGAAUUCGGCCAACAUUUGCGACAACUUGUGGGAAAACCAGUAUUACAGCUGCUGCUAA